AUGGGCUCAACUGAGAAAUUUGACUACGACUAUAUUGUGAUUGGGGGGGGUUCCGGGGGUUUGGCGAGCGGGAAGCAAGCAGCAGCACUGGGGGCUAGGGUUUUGCUGCUGGACUUCGUAAAACCCUCAAUUAGAGGGUUUCCCGAAACCCAAGACUCGCCCUGCGACUGGCAAACCCUCGUCGAGAGAGUGCAGUCUUACAUAAAGCAGCUGAACUUCAGCUACCGCGUGGGCCUGCAGAAUGCGGGGUGUACGUACACCCGAGCUCUGGGGCGGGUUGUGGGGCCCCACACGGUGGAGUUUGAAGAAAAGGGAGUUGUGAGUUUGCUGCUGCCAAACUUAAUUAAUAUAAUCCGCAGCAGCAGCAGCAGCAGCAGCAGAAGCAGCAGCAGCAGCAGCAGAAGCAGCAGCAGGAGCAGCAGAAGCAGCAGCAGAAGCAGCAGAAGCAGCAGCAGAAGCAGAAGCAGAAGCAGCAGCGAAAGCAGCACGAAAAGAAAGCAGCAGCAGCAGCAGCAACAGCAGCAGCAGCAGCAGCAGCAGCAGCAGCAGCAGCAGCAGCAGCAGCAGCAGCAGGCGUUUAAAAAAGAAGUUUCCGGAAAACACCUGCUGCUGGCCGUCGGCGGCCGCCCCCACGUGCCCCCGGAGGUCCCCGGCGCCCGCGAGUUUUGCGUCACUUCCGACGAGAUCUUCAGUUUGAAAAACAGUCCCGGAAAAACACUUAUUGUGGGGGGCAGUUACAUAGCGCUGGAGUGUGCGGGUUUUCUGCAGCAGUUGGGUUACGAGGCGACGGUGGCGGUGCGGUCGGUGGUGCUGCGGGGCUUCGACCGGCAGUGCGCGGCGAAGGUGCAGCAGAACCUGGAGGAGAUCGGAGUCGAAUUUCUGGAAGGAUUUGUGGUCGAAAAGAUCGAAAAAGUGCCAAUUGAAGCUCCGGAGGAGACGCAGGAGGCUCCGGGGACUCCGGAGACCCUCACAGAUGCAAAGAGCGCGAAAAAUGACCCCCAAAAACUUUUUGUUUUUCUCAAAAACUCCCAAAAUAAAAAAACCCUCAAACGCAGCUUCGACACUGUCCUCUACGCCACCGGCAGAGACGCGGACACCUCACUCCUCAAUUUGGAAUCCUUGGGAAUAGAAACUGGCGAGAAGGGAAAAAUCAUUUGCGACAAAUUCGCCGCCACAAAAGUGCCAUCUAUAUUUGCAGUUGGUAAAUAA